AAGUAGUGCAACUGUGUGCGACGUCGAGAGUAUUUCACCAUCGUAUACGUAUUGACUCUGUCGUCACUCGCAGCACGACACAGAAAGUAAUCUCCAGGCGAACUAAGUACAAGGAAAUCGAAAGCAUGAUCGUUUGUCGUCUUCAUCACUACAGGACCCAUUUCCACUUUUAUUGAUCUUUGGAUUUUCUUCUACGUCCUUUACAUAUGCAGAGCAGAAAUUUAGCACGACAAGCACCUCCAUAAAGAAGUAUUCGAUAUAACUAGAAGCCAGUUCUUUCCCGCCCAACUCGAUCCACUCCCCCACCGAAGGAAUUCGAAACUGAGAUAUUUGCAACGUUUAAAGCACCUCUCGCUCUCCAACAGGAGCAGGACGAGCACAACCCCGACCCGCUACACAGAAUGUGAAGAACUUGAAAUCACGGCAGUUGUUGCAGAUGGGCUCUACUUCUAUACUACUGCUCUUUGUUGAUGUCGAUGUGGUCUUCGCUCUUCGCCUGAAGAAUCUCGUUUACCACGGUUCAUCUGAAGAUUGAGGCCCCAUGAUCUUCAACAUGCUGCGGGCGCUGUUGUGGCUCGAGGGGACUACACGGAUCCUGGUACACGUUCAUGCUCAAGAAGAUGCUGGUACCACCGCCCCUCCCACCACCGCGGCAACCACCCCCGAGCCGCCGACGACGGCUCCGGGCACGACUACCCACCCUCCAUUUCCCCCCGUGUUAAACCCCUGGCCACCAAAGCCGGCGCCAUCCGCCGCGGGUGUGAACACCUGGCCCGCAACGCAGCCAUGGCUGCACACGGUCCCGAAGUACGACAUCAUAGCCAUAAGCUUCAACGACGACGCGUGCUGGACUGUGAGCACGGUAAAUGCUUAUCAAGUGUAAAAAUGUCUGGGUCUGGGAACUUGUGAUGCUGGUUGGCUUAUCAUGAGGCGGCCACAAGUGCUGGCUCAGCAUGACAAGUUUCUGAGCUCCUAGGUGUUGCCUAUUCUGCAUGACAAACUGCGCUUCUGCAUCACAGAAAAACGGAGCUCUUGGGUAACGUGCAUGACAGAUUUACAUUUAAGAGUCAUGCCAGACAAGCAUGACAAACGUGAAUUCUUCCAGACCCAGACACUUUUGCAUUUGAUAAUGCUACCGUAAAUACAACAACUCUGCGAAGUCUACAACUCGGGGACACCACCUCCGAUCAAGUCACACUACCAGAGCGACCACUUCCAACAACUGGUGUCACUGCUUCUGAAAAAAGUAGCGAAGAACUGGAUGCCAAUGCAGAGCUUCUCCACUCGAGUCGCCAGCUGCACCCGUUGGCGCAACAGAUGGCGAAACAGCUUCGCCCGCCUUUGGGGCAGAGCGAAUUCGAACGGGCACAAGCCCUGAGCAACGGCAAAUGUUCGCGGCUUGACGAACCGGGCUGCGAAGAGCUUUUCGAGAAAAAGAAAGUCACCAACAUUUUGGCCGAACAUGAACAGCAGAAUCUUCCCGGCGCCUCUGGGACGGUAACUACAUCAAACCCGUUUAUUAAAGAAGAUUCCCACCGCCGACAACUUCUCACACUUCACCAAAACGUGGCGAAACUCGCCGACUGCAAGCAUUUGUGUUACCAGGCGGGCAUGAAGCAGUGCCGCUCUAUCACCUACGAUCCGGUCACGAAAGACUGCACGCUGUACACGCUGAAGGACCAGGGGGAGCUGAACAGCUACUGCUACUGCGACGGCUUCCUCGGCUGGGACGCCCAGUACGCCGAGUACGUGCUCGGCGCGAGUUCCUACUCCUGGCGGCUGGCCCGGGGCCGGAAGCUGGACGGCGAGUGCCGGCCGGAGCGGUGCGCGGUGAAGGAUAUGGAUCCCGGGAAGAAGUGGAUUUUCCGCGUGCGGUUCUACUGCGAGCAGGAAAACCCGCUGAUAUCUUCCUGGUCGCCGACCAGCGAGAUCAUCCGGAGUAUGAACCUGCCGCCCCCGGGCGGCGCGAUCAUCUCCUCCGCCGCCACGGGCGCGAACGUGCUGGGCGACCUGAACUUGUGGAUGCGCACCGAGAUGGGUUUGGCGACCCGGGCCGAGGAGAUCGCGGCCAAGAUGCAGAAGGUGACGCUGAUCACCCGCCCGGACGGCAGCGUGAUCCGGCAGAUGAGUCCGUUCUACUACGACCUGGAGGCGGUGAUGCGGACGCACGUGUUUCACCUGCGCGCCUACGUGCUGGAGAUGACCGUGGAGAACGUGGUCACGGGCACCGGGCUCGCGGGGGGACUGGACCUGCAGGACAUGAUGACGCUGGAUUCCAACACCAUUCUGAAUCUCGUGUCCGGCGGGGAUGAAAUCAACUUGUCCCACGGGUAUCUUGCCGUGCGCGUCACCUUCGAGGUCAUCGGGGGCAUUUCCUUCAUCGAGGUGGAGCAAACCGAGCAGCUCAUCCGGUCGCACCUGCACGCGUUGAUCUGGACCCGCGAGGGGAUGGUGCCGUUGGAAGUCACCCUGGUAGUGCCACAGCUGGAGGCGGCGGCGCAGACGCUGACGACGACCAUAGAUCCGACCAUUCGGGACUCCGUUCUCGCGCUGGGACAGGUAUUAGUACGUAUGUAAAACAGGACGAUAUCCACUUCACCGCCUUUAUCUUUAUAUGCAUUUGGAUUUGCGGCUUGUGCUCGUCCUUCUUCGUUGCUUUGAUCAUGCCAGCAGUGUGAAAAACCGCAGUUUAGCAACCCAUUUCAAACCUUCACUCAACAUCAACACAUACUACACAGAGCUUCGACGAGGACGAUAUGCACGCCCAGACCAUGCUGACGAUCAUUCUGUUUCUGGUUUUUCUCUUUCUUCUCCUUUACAUGAUUUCGGCGUUUGUGUACUACCAGAUCUUCAUCGUGAACCCCUCCAUGGAUGCCGCGUCCGUGCUCCCGUGGCAGUUCUUUUUCUGUCCCUGCAACCGCGUGCCGCACAACCACUUUCUGCUGGCGAAAAACCAGCGGCAGGAGCGGGGCUACUGGUUCUUCUGGCUGCGGUACCACUGCAGCUGUCUGUGCUGUCCGUGUUUCGGCCCCGCGUUCCUGCAGAUGUUCUUCACUUUGCAGAUCGACACCUACAGCGAGGCGGGUCUGAUGCCCGAGCGGCAGAGCGGCUACGCCUACCCGGGGCUGGUGAUGCGGUGGAGCACCAUGCUGCGGCGGAAGCGGCUGCGCCCGAUCUUCAAGCCGGGGGAGGACGGGGAGCUAUCACGAGAAAAAAGUGUUGCAGUUACACAUUUGUUGGAGUUUCUGCAUCACAAAUUUUCUCUGUGUUGCCGAGAAAACUUGUAAUGCGAAGAUCAUAAGGGAAAACAGGAAGGAAACGAGGCUCCGAAGCAUUUCCUGCAUGAGAAAGGUUGUUCCUGUUGCCAGUCUUGCAUGACAGUGUGUAACUGUAACGCUUUUUUCUUGCGAUAGGAGCCCGACAGCAUCGAGUACCAGGUGGCGCUAUCAACUGUAAAAAUGUCUGGGUCUGGAAGAUUCUGACACUUGUCAUGCACGUUUUGCAUGAGCCCUGAUGUCUGUGAUGCAUGCCCUAGCAUCACAGAUUUUUUGAGAGCUUCCUGAUGCCUAUUCCGCAUGACAAAUGCUCUCUCCACGUAGCAAAAAUUACAUUCCGUUUGGUACUCAUGCAAUACAGAUUGUUCUGGAAUCCAAAUGCAGCAUCACAAGUUGCAUUCUUCCAGACCCAGACAUUUUUACAUUUGAUAGGCGCCGCCGCCGCAGCGCAUCAAGGACCUGGUGCCCCCGCCCCCGGACCUCCCGGAGCGGGGCGACGCGACCAACGGCUUCUUGUAUUUUGUGCAGGUGAUCCGGACUUACACGUGGGCGGACUACAAGCAGUGGCUGCGGCACCUGGCGCACGUGGUGCUCUUUCUCCCCUGGGUCUGCGGCGAGUACGACUACACCGAGCGCGUGAACCGCAUGACCGUGAUUGUGAAGACGGAGCAGCAAAAACGGGAAAAGGAGUUGGAGGUCACGCAGAAAGCCGUCAAAGAAGACACGAUGAAGGCCGCUGCGACCAUGUUUUUGGAAAACGCCAUGAUGUCGCCCAAGAGCAAGACGAAGAAGGACAGAUCGAAAGUUGCGCCCGCGUUGGAGGAUCAAGGGGACAGCCUCCCGCACGCCAUCGAAGACACCCGGGGGCAGCAAAUCGUCACGCACGAGGGACCUUUGGGUAUGUUGUUGUGGAGAUUGUUGUAUCUGUUUGGAAUGAGGACUAGUUGUAUCUGUUUGGUAUUCUAGUCGCGUCAUCACGAGCACGCCAUAGAAGUUUGCCGAGUUUCGAGAUUCAAUAAAGCGCUUUAGUUGUCAAUCUGAUAUAGAGCACAAAAGAAAUUCAAAUUCCCAUACAACAGCCAUCCAAGACUCUAUGGAUCUGGAGUCCUUGUCAACCGGUAAAACGAGUUCCCUCUCCAAGGAGGACCUGCUUAUCGUGAAGAAGGCCAAACAGGCCCAGUUCGGGCGGCGCUGGCUGUUGUUUGCGGACCCGCGGACGAAGCAACUCUACUGGCACAACCGCGACACCAAGGUACAGGUGAAGGUGGAGGGAAAGUACACCAAGAACUUGCGCCUGGUCGCCCCCUGGGAGCAAGACCUUGAGGAGGUGAAGGAGGAGAACGAAGAAGAGGAGGAGUCCGACGAGGAAGCAGGUAGUUCCGACCAGGACGAGGGUAUGAUGUCGCACCAUUCGUCCCAGCCGGCCGGCAGCGGGAGUGGGACCCCGCCAGAGCCGGCAUUCAUGACGGAAGAGGGGGAGCACAAUCUGUACGCCCCCUGGUCUUCCUCCUCGUCUGCGGCGUCGUCCUCGAGAGGUCGUGGGAUAGAAGUAUCUUCACACAAUCAGGCCGCGACGCCGUCUGAUGUGCAGCCGCUCGUUUCCCCGGUGCAGCAGCAGAUGAUGGGCCCUUCUUCAUCUAGCUCCUCAGGUGGAAGUAAUACCGGUAACUGAUCUGCAACGGCCUGAAAGCAGCUGCCUGUUGCCGCAGAGAAUGCAGCAGAAACUGCCCGGCUGCAGGCGGGGUGGCGACGAACCAUGGGUAGGUAAAAUUGCGGCAAUUUGUCGUGCCUACGUUUCUUGCCUACAAGGAGUGUUCUUGCAACUAGACUGCAGUGAGGACGGCGGAAUGGGACGGCGGCGAGCUGCAGCGCAAGCGACGGAACACGGAAGUGGAAGCGGAACGCCCUCGGUUUAUACGGACCACACGACUACGACACACACGAAUAAGAUCGAGGAAGUUCAUGCAGUUCGAAGUGGACGAGGUGCAAUGCUGGAGUCGAUGUACUUUGCAUCAUGCUUUGCUGGUGCAUCCAGCACAUUCUUUCCAUAGAGCUGGCGCAGCGGCGCAGCUCUGACAAAACACUUCACUGUGGGAUGGAGCAACAUGGCAGGCUCAAUACACUUCAGAACUGUCGUGCCACAGCGGAACAGAAGGUGUUGCUGUAUGCAAUGCCUUACAACACAAGGGUCUGCCCCGGUAGCCCUUGCGAUCCAAGCACUUCUUUUUUACCCGCCGGGUUGUUCAUCUCG